UUACGUAUAUCCAUCUAACCCCGGUCCGGUUUCACCGACAUAUGGCAAAAUAUUGAAUAUCCUCUAUCGCUCGGAUUUUCUGACAAAAAGACCUGAAGAAGCCUGCUUAUUCGUACCCAGUUUUGACACGCUGGAUCGGGAUCCACUGAGUCUUCAAUUCGGGCAUCGUGUAGCCAGUCAGUUGGUUAGUUUACCUUUCUGGAACAGAUUGCCGGAUAGGCGCACAGAAGAACAAUCACUCCUUGAUGCGGACCUCGGUUUUGAUUCGAAUAUAAUUCAACCUGGUCGGAAUCAUCUUGUGUUUAAUCUGUAUGCUGGUACUUGGCCAAAUUACCACGAAGACGAAUACCGCAUAUCCCUCGGACAAGCCAUACUUGCGAAAGCCAGUUUCUCAACCACACGCAUUCGUCGCAAUUUCGAUAUCUCGUUACCACUCAUCCAUCCACAACAUGUGGAAACAAUGCGAGAGUCCGUGGUUACUGGCACUUCUGAUACCGGUGAUCGUUUACGAGCUCAGGUUCGUCGACCGAUUUUUUUGAGUUUCAAGGGUAAACGCUAUGUGAGUGGAAUUGGAUCCGCCUCGCGGAAUGCCCUUUUUCACUUGCACAACGGAGAUGACAUUAUCAUGUUAACCACUUGUCGUCAUGGGUCCGAUUGGGUGCGUUACGCAGAUCGCCGAUGCGCGUUUGACAUGGCUAUGUAUGACAAAUAUGAUUACAACGAACUGAUGCACAAUUCAACUUUUUGUCUGGUUUCACGGGGUAGACGAUUGGGGUCUUAUCGGUUUCUCGAGGCACUUCAAGCUUCUUGUAUUCCAGUGAUGCUCAGCAACGAUUGGGAACUUCCAUUCUCUGAAGUCAUUGAUUGGCGUCGAGCUGUAGUCUGGGGUGAUGAACGUCUUCCAUUACUUCUUCCUUUGACGCUGCGCCGUCUCAGUGACCAUCAGAUUGUGCAACUCCGACAACAAGUGACCUUUUUAUGGAAUACAUAUUUUCACUCUAUCGAAUCGAUUGUUCUCACUACACUAGAGAUCAUUCGUGAUCGAGUAUCGCUUCAUCGUCGCAGCCAUGCAAUCUGGAAUUCACCUCCCGGUGCUUUGGUCCUAUCACAAAGACAUUCAUCUCGUGCUUGCAACGUGCCUUUAGAACAAAACACCGGAUCUUGUACUUCGGAGGUCGACGACGGUUUUACUGUUAUCAUCCCUGUGAGACAGCGAAUGUGUGAUGAGUACCUGGUUCGUAUGAAACGAUUUGCCACAACCGUUUUCCAGUCACAACAUAUCCGAAAGGUAUUAUUGGUGUGGCUUUGUCAAACUCUACCACCUGAAGUCUCCGCCUUUCAGGCUUACUUUUCUGUUCCAAUCGACGUGGUUGUACAAGAUGAGUUCAGAGAGUUACUCAACGGCCAAUCCCGUGAUCCGUCGCCUGCUGCCCGAUUUCAACCAUUCUUUAACGUACCCACCUUGGCUGUAUUUACGUUCACUAUGGAAAUGGAUUUAAGCCUGGAAGAGCUGGAAUUCGGGUUUAGUGUAUGGCAAGAAUUCCCAAACCGUUUGAUUGGCUAUAACCCCGCUAGUCAUCGACGCAAUACAAGCAGCGGUUUGUGGGAGUACAUCUGGAAUCCGGCCAGCCAAACUCAUUCAAUUGUACUUUUGGAUGCGGCUUUCUACCAUCGAUACUACAACUAUCUCUACUGGUUAACAAUUGAUCGAAAAGUACACGAGAUAGUCAGCGUUCUGAACGAUUGUGAAGACUUAUUAUUGAACACGUUGAUCGGACACAUUAGUCAAGCACCACCGGUUUUAAUUCAUUCAAUCGGUUUUAAAAGCCUCCGAAACUUCACGAACACAGAAUCCCAAUCGGUCCAGAGAAGUGCUUGCUUGCAAGCGUUCGCGGAAUAUUUCUCGAUCACCUCGUCAGUGUUUUGGUGCCCUCUGCGUUCCGAAAAUUUCACCGUGUUCCGUCAAAAUCAAGCAGGUGGAGCUAAUAGUAAUACAUAUAUCCCGCUGCACUAUACAUCUUACGGGUGA